AUGAACUACACUUCUGCCCAGAUUGCUCGCAGCGACAGUGUGGCUGCUCAGCAGUCCUGGGAGCUCGAGAACGCGAUAAGCAUCUUCGAUCCGCAACGCGAUAGCCUCUACCAAUAUGACGAACACAUGCAAAAAGUCUUCAAUGACGCACGACCGUGGGCGUCGAACCCGCACUAUUUCAAAUCAGUACGGAUCUCCGCGACAGCGCUGCUAAAAAUGGUGAUGCACGCGCGGUCGGGUGGUUCAAUGGAAGUCAUGGGCCUAAUGCAAGGCUACAUCAUGCCGGAGACAUUCGUGGUGACAGACGCAUUCCGACUGCCAGUCGAGGGCACAGAGACACGGGUCAACGCCCAGGACGAGGCCAACGAGUACAUGGUGUCAUACCUGCAGUCGUGCCGGGAUGCGGGCCGACAGGAAAACGCCGUCGGAUGGUACCACAGCCACCCGGGGUACGGGUGCUGGUUGAGCGGGAUCGACGUGGCGACGCAGCAGACGCAGCAGAUGACGGGCCCGUUCGUGGCGGUGGUCAUCGACCCGGAACGCACCAUCUCGGCGGGCCGAGUGGAGAUCGGCGCAUUCCGCACCUUCCCGCUCGACUAUACCCCGCCCAAGGAGGGCCACGAGGACGACGAGUACCAGACCAUUCCGCUUGGCAAGGCUGAGGAUUUCGGCGCCCACGCUAACCAAUACUAUUCCCUUGACGUCUCGCACUUCAAAAGUACCCUCGACACCGACCUCCUCUCGCGCCUCUGGAACAAGUACUGGGUUGCGACUCUCAGCCAGAGCCCGUUGUUCACCUCGCGCGACUAUGGCAGCAAGCAGAUGAUGGAUCUCAGUGAAAAGGUGCGCAAGGCUACGCGCGGCCUUGACAAUUACGGCCCCCGCGGCGGCGGAACUACCUCCAAGGACCAGCAGCUGGAUAAGGUCGUCCGCGGCGGAGAACGCAUCGUGUCCGAGGAAGUCAAGGGCCUCCUGGCCUCGGAGGUGAAGAUGAAGCUCUUUCAAGGCAUCGGUGACCAGUCCUCGUCCGCAACAUAA